UUGUGUAGCAUCACCACUAUCCAUCUUGUUUAGCGUCUCUUCUCUCCUUGUGUCUAUGAUAAUACAAUCACAUGUAAACUAGAGUGUAACGGUCAAAAACCUGCAUUUGUAACACAAUUCAUCUUUGAAGUGAGCCGAUCUACGCCCCCUGUUUAAAGAGAUAACCAUGGAUCUACACUAGAAUAAACAAUUACAAGCCCAAAAGGAUUCAGAAAUGGAUUUUGGCGAGAACGCCGGGUCUGAGUCGGAAUCAGACUACCUUCCUAGUCCCACUGCCCCAGAACCUGAACCCAAUGUGACUGUGAAGGAAGAGGAAGAGGAGGGACAUAGUGACAUGGUUGACCCAGACCACCUCUCAGGUCUCGCCGCGGCAGAAAGACCCAGAUUUAAUAUGAUUAUCAAAGAAGAGGAGGAGGAGGAAGAUGAUGAAGCAGAAGCAGAGGAAGAUGAAAUGGUUUACCCGGGAGACAUGAUAAAGUUGGACCCAGACUAUCUUCCAGAAGUGACCGUGGCAACAGGGCAACCACAGCACCAGAAGAAGAAGGCUGCGAAGAAACUUCAUCCAUGCCCUGACUGUGGGAAGACAUUUGACAGACCAUCACACCUAGAGAGACAUGAGAAUACCCACACCAGAAUCAAGAAGCUGGCCCCCGACUACACUUGUUCUUACUGUGGCAAGAUCUUCGCUAAACCGUCAAAGCUUGCUCGGCACGAGCGAGGACACACCGGAGAGAAACCGUACUCUUGCUGCAAGUGCGGGAAGUGCUUCGCCGAGCCAGGGCACCGGAAGAGCCACGAGUUGACGCACAAUGAAGAGAGACCGUACACCUGCGCCGACUGCGGGAUAGGCUUCUUCAACCAGUCCAAGCUGCAACGGCACCAACGCACACACACGGGUGAGAAACCGUACUGCUGCACCGAAUGUGGGAAGACCUUUGCUCGGUCAGGAGGCCUAAAGACUCACUGGCUAAGCCACACUGGAGAGAGACCAUACCUCUGCUCCGACUGUGGGAAAAGCUUCUUCAGCUCUGGGGACCUGAAAGUCCACCACUUGACCCAUACCGGAGAGAAACCACACUGCUGCUCCGUGUGUGGGAAGGGUUUCGCGCAGAGGGGGAACAUGCGGGCUCAUGAACGGUCUCACUCGGGGGAAAGGCCUUACAGCUGUGCCGACUGCGGGGCCAACUUCGCCCAUUCUAACUAUUUAAAGAUACACCGGCGCAUUCACACGGGAGAGAGACCCUUCCCUUGCCCUGUCUGCGGCAAGAGGUUUAUUCUAUCCGGGCACCUCGGAAGACACCAGAAAACACACAUACCCAAAAACAACACUUAGGAGAACACACAUAUCCAAACACACACGGGGACACACUCAUGAGCUUACUGAAGUAUAUUUUAUUUGCAUAUAAUCAUGAACUACAAUGAAACGGAUUUAGAACAAAAAAUAAAAUACAUGGUAAAAGUCCUGAGAGAGCGAGGGUAAGGGAUGCUCCCCCGUGAAGCUCCGCCCUCAACACUUCUCUUUCCAUACUGUGUCCCAAAUGACACCCUGUUCCCUAUAUGGUGCACUACCGGGUCAAAGGUCAAACCUAUAUAGAGCAGAGGUUGCCCAUUGGCCUGUUCCACUGUUUUAAUCUAAACAUUGUAUAGAAUUUAUUUGGCAGGUUGUUGUGUGUGUGUGUGUGUGUGUGUAUAUAUAUAUAUAUAUAUAUAUAGUGUGUCUUUGUCCUGAACUUUUUUGGUGGUUUUCAUAAUGUGAGAGCUCUGGUGAGUAAGGUUUCUAUAUUGUAGUUAGUUACCUGUAAACCACAGUUUCGGCCUCUCCUGAUAGGCAAAGUCUCUUCAGAUAAUUUAAGCACGACUUUUUCCACAUUUUGUUACGUUACAGCCUUGUUCUAAAAUGGAUUAAAUUGCCCCCCCCCCCUCAAUCUAUACACAAUACCCCAUAAUGACAAAGCAAAAAGGCCUGUCUCAC